AUGGUCUUGCAGUGUUCUGGAUCCUCUCUAAUCAGCCGGGUUUUUUUUAACGAAGAUGGAAAGGCACGGGAUGUCUAUGCAUGUUUCUAUCCAGGAACGAAUAACAAUACGUCUAAUAAUAAUGGUACUACGAAGAAAAUGUCUCUCGAAGAGUUUCUGGGGAAUGACACUCUAGGCGAGUCGGUAUGGGACGAGGAGGACAUUAACUUGGAUGCUAUAAGCAACACCACGAAUAUCGAUAUCCUGAAACAAACCAAGGCUGGCGGCGAGCAUCAACGCGAUGGCCAUCAGCAAGGCCCGCACGGCAGUCAAGGGCCUAUGGGCAGAUCGCGUUUCCCCAAUUCUGCAUCCUUCGGUGGUGGAAACAUGGGAGAUUUCGCAAACCAUCACCACCCACUGCAGCAGCAGCAGCAGCAGCAGGGCCCCCCUUACAUUGUUAAGUUCUCCGAUUUACCACCGAGAUUUUCCAACUUCGACAUUGAAGAUCUUUUCCAGGCAAAGUUUACCAAGUUUAUCAAGUUCAAAUUGUUUUGGGAGGUAAACAAGAACCCUAGUAUUUCGACUUUGAAGUCAGGCUCGGUCUUCGACCAGAAUUUCAAACAUGACUCGAAAGUGGCAUUUGUCGAAUUGUAUUCAUCUCGUGAUAUGGACAAGAUUUUGAACUAUUGGACUACUCCGUUGAAGGAAAUUUACCAUAUCACUAUAGCGCCCGCGGAAUUUGAUGAUUUCAAAGACUACAGUGCAAAGGUGAAAUUGUUGACAGACCCCAAAGACGAUGCCGGCAAACCAUUCAUUGUCAAGACCCAGAGAUCAAAAUCCAAUCCUUUUGGAAGCGCCAGGCCCGUUGAUACACAGUCCAAAAUUUUGGACAUCGAAGAGAAAAUGGAAAAUUUACACGUGGAAGAUACAACAACUUUGAGAGCAUCUUUGGUCUCCGACAGUGAUGGCAAGUCCUUGGCAACACCAGCUCCUACAACGGCAGCAACAGCAGGCGGCAAGAUCACAAUCUUGAAAAAACAACCACUUACGGGCGAAGAAUCAACUUCUACAACCCCGACUCCAAAACCUUUGAGCUAUUCGGAAGUGGUGGAGAGAUCUGUGGUCAACGAAACUUCGAAGAAAAGUACUCCCUUAAGCAAGAUUGGUACUCCAGCUUCAGAUUUACAAUCCACCGAUAAAUCAGACAACUUUGAAGGGGACGAUAGACAAGGUUCUGAGAAAUACGAAAAUGAUAAAAUCCAAUCGGACGCCUCAGGUGGUAAUGGCAUAGAUGCGGAUACUGGUAAACAAUUUACUUUCAAGAACGUGGAAAGAGACCAAAACACAGGUAGAACCAAGUACAACGGUAACCAAAAUAAUAGUAAUAAUGGCAAUUUCAGAGGAAAUAACAGAUAUCGCGGAGGUGCUAACAGCGGCAAUUAUAGAGGUGGUAACAGUAGUCGUGGUAAUCGUGGUGGGAAUCGCGGUGGUAAUUCUUACAACAACAAUAAUAACACUGGUGAUGAUGAUAAUAAUAAUAAUACUAAUAAUACUAAUAAUAAUGGCUCAAGAUAUCAUGAUCGACAGAACAAUGGAGAUGGAGCUGUGAACUCAGAGUCGACGGCAGAUGCCACAGGGCACAACAACAACGACUUUUCAAACUCAGUAUCCAAUACACAACAAUACUCCAUCUUCAAACCAGCUAGCGGGUUCCUUGGCCAAAGUAAUAAUGAUUCUAUGAGAAAUUCCGGACGCGGUAACUAUAGCAAUAACGGUGGUAUGAACGGAGCUUCAAGGGGAAGAGGAUCCGGUAGAGGAAGAGGAUUCGGUAGAGGUACGUACAACAAUCGCGGCGGUCGUGGCGGACGUGGCAACAAUGGCGGCUACUCCAAUUACAACUCUAAUUCAACAGAUACGUCUCAACGAUCAUGA